AUGGAACCCAGUCCGACAAUUGGUACCAUGCAGACCCCUGAAGACGCCUCAACCAGCUACGAAUAUAUUUCUCCAAUCGGCUAUUCGUAUUAUGCAAACGCGACGUCAUUAAGCCCAAAGUUCUAUCAGACUCUUCUUGACCGGUGCUGGCGUCGAUCAGGCAAACUCCUGUAUCGACCGGACCAGAGGAGGUCGUGCUGCCCCCAUUACACAAUUCGGCUUGAUUCUGGCCAGUUCAAACCUUCAAGAGACCAACGCCAAACUGUGAAUCGGUUCAACAGAUUUGUAUUAGGGGAGUCGUAUAUCAAGGACGCAGCUCGACUUUACCCAAAACCCCGGAAAGAGGUCAAAAGGAGGGACAACGAAUUCUGCCUUGUUGAUCGUAUACAUGAAGCCGAGUAUGGAAAUUUGCAAACACCCCCAGAACCUGCGCACAAACUCGUCAUCACUCUUGAAGACGACAACUUCACCGAGGAGAAAUAUCAGGUUUACGACAACUAUCAACGAGUUGUCCACAAGGAUCUCCCCGAAGAUAGGACUCCUCGGGCCUUCAAGCGAUUCCUUUGUAGUUCUCCCCUACGACGGGAAGUCAUGGUGACACCUGAUGGGCAAAAUCGCAAGUUAGGAUCAUAUCAUCAGUGUUACAGGCUUGACGGCGUCCUGGUUGCCAUUGGAGUAUUAGAUCUGCUACCCGACUGCGUCAGCUCCGUCUACUUUCUGUACCAUGAAAGCGUUCACAAGCAGACCCCGGGGAAGCUAGGUGCAAUGCACGAAAUCGCCUUAGCGAAAGAAGAAGGCUAUCGUUGGUGGUACCCUGGGUUCUACAUCCAUAAUUGCCCCAAGAUGAAGUAUAAGAUCGACUAUUCUCCGCAAUUCAUCCUUGACCCCAACAGCUUUGGCUGGGACCCAUUAGACCAGGCAACCUUGAAUCUCCUCGACCAGAAGCCGUUUCUCAGUCUAUCCAUUGAAAGGCAAGAAGCUUCUACUGCUGACAGCGGGCCCGAAACUGAUGAGACUCGAGGCUCCGAAAGGCCAAAGGUUAGCAACCAGGACGGGCAAACCACUCCUAGAAAUGGCACACGCACAGAGGGUCACGACAACAGGGAGGAGGAAAAUAAUGAUGAAGAUGAAGACAUAGGGUCCCUCUUUCAAUCAAGCAUGCCCGGAAUCACUUGCGCCUCAGAUAUGGAGGAAGUGGAUUUGGAUCACAUUGCCUUGAAAGUGUUUUCCACAGGACCGCUAUUCGAGACUUCUGAUCUCGUAGCUUGGGACUCCAAAAGCAUCACCGAUUGGCCGGGGAUUAAGGCCUCCGUAGCAGAGCUGAUUGCGGCUAUCGGGCCAGAUGUCAAAGAUUUGAUCUGUCUGGACAUGGCACGUGAGAGAGCUUAG